AUGGUGGCCAUGGGCCCGGAAAAGAUGAAGGAAAAUAACCCAGUGGCGGCGCUGAGCGAGAUGAUGGACAUGAUCGAUGCGUCGCCGAAGACCACUGUGGCCGCCAUCAAUGGACCCGCUUUGGGCGGAGGCUGCGAGGUGAGUUUGGCCUGCCACUACCGCGUUUGCGAUCCCAAAGCCUCGGUGGGCUUUCCAGAGGUGAACUUGGGCCUUUUGCCAGGAGCACAGGGCACUCAACGAUUGCCUCGUGUGGCACCUUUGCCAACUGCCAUGCAAAUGAUCUUGCAGGGAAAGCCGCUGAAGGCCGAUGCGGCUCGCAAGAACGGCAUUGUCGAUCUGGUGGCCACCAAGGAUGUCAUUGAGGAGGCAGCGGAUUGGGCGCUCUCCCAUCCGCCCAACCCCAUCUCCAAGCGCGAAGUGCCCAAGACCAACAGGUUCAUGGUGGCGGCGGGUGGCUUGGAGCAGGGCCUCAACACGGCGGUGAACGCCGCACCUCUGAUGAUCGCCCCACGGGCCAUCAUCAAAUGUUUCGAAGCAGCUUGCUCCCACAAGAGCUUUCGAGAGGGCUUGGCGGUGGAGAUGGAGCAAUUCACCAACCUCGUCUUCUCCGUGGAAUCUGCGGCCCUGCGUCAUCUCUUCCUCGCCGAGCGCUUGGCGCAGAAGGUGCCAGGGAUCGAUGAGAAGCCUGCGCCACUGAAGAAGAUCGGCAUUUUGGGCGCCGGCUUGAUGGGUGCCUCGGUGUCGAUCGCCAUGUGCUUUGUACAGAAGGGCGUGCCAGUGGUGCUGAAGGACGCCAAGCAGGAGUGGUUGGAUGCCGGCAUGAAGAAGAUCGAGUCCCUUUGGGGCGGACAGGCCAAGAGGGGUCGUUUGAGCAAGGAUAAGUUCAAGCAGUACAUGAGCAGCUUGGCAUUGGAUGAGGACUAUGCGGACUUCAAAGAUGUCGACAUGGUCAUCGAAGCGGUCCCAGAGAUCAUGGAGCUCAAGAAGGAGGCGACAGCGAUCGACCGGCCUCCACCGGCUGGCGCACGACCGGCCUCUCGAGCGGAUGACAUCGCAUGCGUGCUGAAGGCAGCAGCGUUUGUCUUGGGAGUGGGGAAGCUGGGGGGAAAGAUCACCAGGGAUUUGGCAGAACAGGAUAGGAUGGUUUGGGAGGAAGGCGCGACCGUGGAACAGAUCGACAAGGCGGCCACGACGUUCGGAAUGGCCAUGGGCCCCAUGGCUUUGGGUGACCUGGUGGGCCAGGAGCUCUUCUGGAAGCAGCGCAAGGCGUGCUUUCUCCUUUGGCGCCCCUAUGAGCUCACCGACUGGCUGUGCGAGCAGGGACGCUUCGGCAUGAAGACCCCAGACCCGAAAAUCAAGGCAGAUGGCCGUGGUGUUUUCAUCCACAAGGGCCGCAGCAAGGAGGUGGACCCUGAGGUCGUGGCGAAGAUGGAAGAGGUGCGGAAAGCCAAGGGCGUCGUUCCCCGGGCGAUCAGCGAUGAGGAGAUCUGUGAGAGGCUCUUCUAUCCUCUCAUCAAUGAGGGCUUCAAGAUCCUCGAGGAGGGCUAUGUGGCACGCUCCAGCGACAUUGACCUCGCGUACAUCUAUGGCUAUGGCUUCCCUCCAUCCAAGGGAGGUCCCAUGUUCUUCGCCGAGAACUAUGUCGGCUUUCAGAAGAUCUUGGAGCGCCUGAAGGCGCACCUGAGAGAUGGAUGGGACAUCAGAUUGAGGAGGAUUUUGGGACAUCCUGAGAUGGGAUGA